CUGUGAAUAUAAAUACCAGAUGUUGAAGAAGGAAACAGGUCUGCUUAACGAAAGCAGUGACAUGCAAUGGAUCCCACAUGUCAGCGUGUGAAGCUAAAUGAUGGUAACUUCAUGCCUGUAUUGGGAUUUGGUACCUAUGCACCUCCAGAGGUUCCAAGGAAUAGAGCUAUGGAGGUUGUCAAAUUAGCAAUAGAAGCUGGGUUCCGCCAUAUAGAUUCUGCUCAUUUAUACAAUAAUGAGGAGCAAGUUGGACUGGCCAUUAGAAGCAAGAUUGCAGAUGGCAGUGUGAAGAGAGAAGACAUAUUCUACACUUCAAAGCUUUGGUGCACUUUCCUUCGACCAGAGUUGGUCCAAUCAGCCUUGGAAAGCUCGCUGAAAAAACUUCAGUUGGACUAUGUUGACCUUUAUCUUAUUCAUUUCCCAGUGGCUCUCAAGCCAGGUGAGGACCUAAUACCAAAAGAUGAAAAUGGAAAAGUAAUAUUCGACACAGUGGAUCUCUGUGCCACAUGGGAGGCCAUGGAGAAGUGUAAGGACGCAGGAUUGGCCAAGUCCAUCGGGGUGUCCAACUUCAACCGCAGGCAGCUGGAGAUGAUCCUCAACAAGCCAGGGCUCAGGUACAAGCCCGUCUGCAACCAGGUGGAAUGUCAUCCCUAUCUCAACCAGAGUAAACUGCUGGAUUUCUGCAAGUCAAAAGACAUUGUUCUGGUUGCCUAUAGUGCUCUGGGAACCCAACGACUUGAACUAUGGAUGGACCUAAACUCCCCAGUUCUCUUGGAGGACCCAGUUCUUUGUGCCUUGGCAAAAAAGCACAAGCGAUCCCCAGCCCUGAUUGCCCUGCGCUACCAGCUGCAGCGUGGGGUUGUGGUCCUGGCCAAGAGCUACAAUGAGCAGCGGAUCAGAGAGAACGUGCAGGUUUUUGAAUUCCAGUUGACUUCAGAGGAUAUGAAAGUUCUAGAUGGCCUAAACAGAAAUUUUCGAUAUAUUGUCUUGGAUUUCUCUUUUAGAAAGAAGAAAGCACACAACAUAGAGCCUAAAAGGCGAGCCAUACUGACAGGAGGACCAACAAUCCAUGGCUUCCCUCUAGCUUCACAAGAAUUGGAGCUCCAGCAACCUGCAGAUGAAGCAUUCCUGUGGGGUAAUGCUUAGGGAGGUGGAGGACACCGUCCAGGAGAAGUAAUUAGAAGUCAGAUACGGGGAAGGCUAGGAGAAGGGAGUCUAGCACAUCUCUGCUUGGGAAAUACAGGCACAUGCUCUUUUGUCUAUUACAUCUUGUGCAUAAAAGGAAACUUCCCAUAUUAUUUUAAGGCUGAGAUCCAAGCCUUGACCUCUUAAGUGUGCCCAGUAUCAGCAGUGACCUUGCUGGGCUGUGGUGGAGGCAGGACAUCAAAGACAUCAUUGACUGGUCACAUUCUUCUGAUUAUCAGCUCCAUAUAGAGCAAAUACUAUGAGGCUCUAAAAAUAUACUAUUAAUUUGUUCUACUCAGUCUUUUGAAAUAUUUCAUACAUUUAAAAAGGCACACUUACUAAUAUAAAAUAUCCCAAAGCCAUAACAUGUCAUUGUCAAAUGAAUUUCAAAAUUGCAAAUAAUACAUCUAAUAAACUAUCAAAA